UUGACUAUUUGCAUUUUUUUCUUUGCUAUGAAUUGCUGUCGUAUAGCUUUUUUUUUAUGAGUCCCAAUUCUCCCCAGGAGGACCAUGUCAUUGGAGUUUGGCAGUGUAGCACUGCAGACACAAAAUGAAGAUGAAGAAUAUGACAAAGAAGAUUAUGAAAGGGAAAAAGAGUUGCAGCAGCUGCUCACAGACCUCCCUCACGACAUGCUGGACGACGACCUCUCCUCUUCGGAGCGCCAUGAUUCUGACUGCAGUGUGGAUGGCAUAGCGGGAGAACUGCAUCCUUCUGAGCAACUGGAGAAGCAGUGGAUUGAGCGUGACAUACUGCCCAAACCUCACAGUGUGAACCGUGGCAAUGGCUGGAGAGAAAAUGGAAGUACCACUGAAGACCAGCAUCUUGGGUACCAUCCUGGAGAAGGUGGGGAUGAAGGCGGAAGUGGCUAUAGCCCUCCAAGUAAACGUGAGCAGGCCGACUUAUAUCACCUGCCGGAAGACUUUAGGCCAUACACCGGCGGUCAGAAGCAGGAAUUUCACAAGCAGGCAGCUGGUGUCAUUACGUUUUCAGAUCCUCAGAGGGACAAUUUUCAGCAAUUUGGUUCAUCUCAAGGACCCAACUGCCAAGCUUUGGCUCCAUAUAAAGCAAUCUAUAAACCUUACCACGCUUCUGUGCAGAGCAAUAGUUCACCAGCCCAGGAGAUGGCAGGAAGUGACAUGUUUGAAGGCCUGCAGCAGCAGUUUUUAGGAGCUAAUGAAACAGACUCUGCAGAAAAUAUACAUAUUAUUCAACUCCAGGUUCUUAACAAAGCAAAGGAGAGACAACUGGACAGCUUAGUGGAAAAGCUGAACGAAAGUGAACGCCAGAUUCGUUAUCUGAACCACCAGCUGCUAAUAAUCCAAGAUGAAAAGGAUGGCUUGACCCUCAGCCUUCGGGAAUCCCAGAAACUCUUUCAGAAUGGAAAGGAGAGGGAGAUCCAGCUUGAAGCACAGAUAAAAACUCUGGAAACCCAGAUCCAAGCGUUCAAAGUCAGCGAAGAGAAGCUGACCAAGAAGGCCAGAACAACUGAGAUCACCCUGGAAAACCUGAAACAGCAGCUGGUAGAGCUCCAUCAUUCUGAGUCCCUUCAGCGAGCCAGAGAGCAGCAUGAGAGCAUCGUCGCGGGCCUCACACAGAAGUAUGAAGAGCAGGUGUUAGCCUUGCAGAGGAACUUGGAUGCUACCACAGCAGCCCUUCAGGAACAGGAAAAUGUUUGUGUGCGUCUGAAGGAUCACGUGCUGCAGCUGGAGAGGAACCAAGAAGCAGUCAAAGUAGAGAAGACGGAGCUCAUUAACAGGCUGACGCGAAGCCUCGAGGACAGUCAGAAGCAGUGUGCCCACCUGCUGCAGUCAGGCUCCAUGCAGGAGGUGGCUCAGCUACAGCUACAGUUGCAGCAAGCCCAGAAGGCCCACGUUCUAAGUGAGAGCAUGAAUAAAGCCCUGCAAGAGGAAUUAACAGAGCUAAAGGAUGAGAUUUCUCUCUAUGAAUCUGCUGCAGAACUCGGAGUCCUACCGGGAGACUCAGAAGGGGACUCGAGUAUAGAGCUCACUGAAUCAUGUGUGCACUUGGGCAUUAAAAAAGCCAGUUGCAAACAAACCAAAGCUAACAGCACUGCACAGCAAGAAGUCCCAGAUGAAGAGCUUUCAAAGGAUGAGGUCAUCCUGAGGCUGAAGACACAAGUUCAGCGCUUGCUGAAUAGCAACUCUGUGAAGCGUCAUCUGGUGUCUCAGCUACAGAGAGAUCUCAAAGACCGCCAGGGGACAACGGAAGCUCUUCCGCAAUCAAUGGGUGGUGACAAAGGCACGGAGGCUAAAACAGAUACCUCUGAAAAAACAUCUGAUCAGCUAUGGCUUGAUUCCUCUGAGGCUGCUGUCAGGAAAGACAUUGAGCAACUGAAAAAUGAAGUUCAGGCUCUGCAACAACAGAAUCAGGAACUUAAAGAAGCUGAAGAAAAACUGAGAAGUACAAACCAAGACUUAUGCAAUCAGAUGCGACAGAUGGUGCAGGACUUUGACCACGACAAACAGGAGGCUGUGAAUCGGUGUGAGAGGACCUACCAACAGCACCACGAAGCCAUGAAAGCCCAGAUCCGAGAUAGCCUUCUAGCAAAGCAUGCUGUGGAGAAGCAGCAUCUCUUUGAGAUUUACGAGGCCACCCAGUCACAGCUCAGGUGUGACCUUGAUAAGAUGAACAAGGAGAUGGCUGCUGUGCAGGAGUGUUACCUGGAAGUGUGCAAGGAGAAGGAGGAGCUAGAAUCCACUCUCAGGAAGACCUUGGACAAGGCUCAGGAGCAGAAGAGACAGCUUUUGGAAGACAGAGAAGAGCAUGUGAGCAAACUGAAGUCAGAACUCGAGGAGAAAUACCAAGAAACGCUUAAGAUGGAAAAGCAGAAUUGGCUGAAGGAACAAGAGGCAGGCGUUAAACAGCAGGCUGAGAAAGAGAGCAAACAAAAACUCAUUCAACAGCUGGAAAAGGAGUGGCUGUCCAAACUGGAUCACAGCGUAAAGGCUUUGAGAAAGGCAACGUCAGACCGCGGCAGCCAGACUGACCAGGCGGCCCUUCCUGCUGCCAUUUCUAAGGCAGAGGCAGCAGUCCUGGGAGAGCAGCAGGCUCGCCAAGACCAGCCACAGCAGGAGCGGGAGCAGGAGCAUGCUGUCAAGGAGGCUCUGAGGAGGCUUGAAGUCGCGUCGGAGCUCAAGCACUGUGAGAGUAUUGCACGACAGGUGGAAACAGCUGUGCAGAAUGCCCGCAGUCGCUGGCUACAGGAGCUGCCCACGCUUGCGGAGUACAAGGCCCUGCUGAGAGCCCAGCGGCAGGAGUGGGCGGAGCAGCAGGAGCAGGCCGUGGCCCAGCGUCUGUCUCUUGCACUCUCUGAAGCUAAGGAGAAAUGGAAGAGUGAGCUUGAAAAUACGAAGUCAAAUGGAAUAGCUGCCAAGGAGCUGGAAGAGAAAAUUCACUCUCUGCAGAAGGAGCUGGAGUUGAGGGACGAGGAAGCCCCCGCCAUUGUCAGGGCUGAGUUGGCCAAGGCCCGAACUGAGUGGAACAGAGAAAAACAGGAAGAAAUCCACAGGAUUCAGGAACAAAACGAGGAAGAUUAUCGGCAGUUUUUAGAUGACCAUCGAAACAAGAUAAGCGAGGUGCUUGCGGCAGCUAAAGAGGACUUUGUGAAGCAGAAGGCUGAGCUGCUUCUUCAGAAGGAGACAGAAUUCCAGGCCUGUCUGGACCAGAGUCGCAGGGAGUGGACCCUGCAAGAGGCCCAGCGGACACAACUGGAACUCCAUCAGUAUGAGGAAGACAUCCUCACUGUGCUGGACUUCCUCCUGCGGGACACCCAGCUGGACUGUGCUGGUGACUCACAGGACAGGCAGCUUUCAGAAAUCAUGUCAGCUUGUUCUUCAAAAUGGAUGUCUGUGCAGUAUUUUGAGAAAGUAAAAGCCUGUAUACAAAAGGCUCUUCAGGAUUUCCUGUCCUUGUUUAUGGACAGCCUUGCCUCAGAGCUGGAAAAGAGAAAUGUGGUCAAGACCUCUGCAGAUGCGGUCAUCUGGAACACUGGCCAAGGAGACCCUGGGGUCCCAGCGUCCCUUCCUGUCUCCACCCCCGGACACUGUGCUCGGUCCUCAGCCUUGCCAGAAGCGGAAGCUGAUAAAAAGGUCUUUGAAAUUAAAGAUUUAUGCUGUGGACAGUGCUUCCAAGAACUUGAAAAGGAAAAGCAGGAGUGUCAAGAUCUGAAAAAGAAACUAGAGAAGUGCCAUAGGCGCCUUCAGCAUUUAGAAAGGAUGCACAGAGCUGCAGUGGAGAGACUUGGAGAAGAGAACAGCAGGGUGGUUGAGGAAUUAAUAGAAGAAAACAAUGACAUGAAGAAUAAGUUGGAAGCACUGAAGGCCCUUUGCAGAACACCACCACGGUCACAGUCUGCAGGAGCCAUUGAGAGCGCUUGGCUGCCGUGCAGUGGACAGGCCUUGGAAGAACUCCGAGGGCAGUACAUUAAAGCUGUGAAAAAAAUUAAACGUGACAUGCUUCGAUACAUCCAGGAGAGCAAGGAAAGAGCUGCGGAAAUGGUAAAAUCCGAAGUGUUGCGGGAACGGCAGGAAACUGCCCGGAAGAUGCGGAAGUAUUAUCUGACUUGCCUUCAGCAGAUCCUGCAAGAUAAUGGAAAAGAAGAGGGAGCUGAGAAAAAGAUUAUGAAUACUGCUAGCAAACUCGCCUCAAUGGCAGAGCUGCUGGGAACAAUUGCAGAGUCCGACUGCGGAGUCAGGUGUGCACCGGCAGGCCACUCAGUAGCCUUUCCCUUGACUGCAGAGAUGCUGAUGGGCAUUGAAAGAUCGGAAAGGAACGGUGUGAGUCAGAGCAUUCCACACUGCAUUGAAAGCAAAGCAAACAGUGGAAAACCUAUCUCCAGAAAUGUGUGUGAGCAAGCUCCUGGGAGGAGGGCUGCGUCUAAUUCACAGAGGCGGUUAGAGGAUUCAGAACACAGAGAGACAAAGCCUGUGACGUCCAGAGCUUCGCCAUCAGACUGUCAGUCAGGGGAUGGGAGUUGCAGGCCUCCGGACGCCUUGGCAAAGACUGUUGCUCCUGAGUUUGCCUCAUGCAAGGGCAAAGGAGGCUUUGAUUUGCACGAAAAGAAAGACGCACUUGGUGGAGCUGGCUCUGAGUCCCCUCUUUAUCCAGCCGCCCACCCCUUCCUCAGAACUGCUGAAAAGAAAUCUUUACCUAAGUACAUCUCAGAGUCCACACACCCAGCUCUCAGAUGUCCCAAUGAAACACCAAGGUUAAAUGCAUUUAUGUGUGGUUCUCUAAGAGAAACAGAAAGUGCUGCAUUGGAGAUGAAUCAGGCUGUGGGCGCUCAGGACACCCCAGUGAAAGAUGGAGGUGGGCCUAGCAGCUCUCCGGGCUGGCCUUCCGGCAGUACUUUACCCUGUGGCAGUCGUGCUGUGCAGUUUCUUGGUGAUAGGUCACAAAGGACUCUAGACGUGCUGGGUGACUCUGUUCAGUUGAAACAGUUCUCAGCAGCCAGUUGUCUUCCGGAUGCCCUGAAGAGUAAUGUGGUCUGUCGGGGUACUUACACUCCACAUCUGCCCAAGGAAACCCUGCAUACCCAGCAAGGGAAGAUGGGUGCAACUCUGGGACACUUGUCUCCGCAGAACACUGACGUGUUAAAGCCAGAUUUCGGGAAACUGAGUGGCACGGGACCAUCUUCAGUGUGUCAGAAGCCCUUGAUAAAGUUAACUGCUCCUCUGACUAGCCAGCGAGAUAGUGGCUUUGACAGCCCCUUUGCCAGUCUAGACUAAUCACGUGCCAUAUUUCAGAAGAAUCAUUAUUAUUUGGACAAGAAACUGAACAGGUAUACUUUAUGCUGAAAAAACCAUUAUGAGAUCUGCCUGCCAGUUUUCAUGGGUUUGAUGCCCUUGUUCCUGAGGGACGUGUUCGCAUGAAGUUACUUGAGGUCUUUGUGUUGCCUUAGCAUUGGAGGCCUGAGUGAUGUGCUGUGUGGUCUGCUACUGUGUGGUGCUUUCUUUGGUUGCUCAGCUCUCUACUUUUAUAUUUAUAUGCCAACUUAUUUUGCAGUGUUAAAGUAUUUAAUAAAAUUAUAUGUAAUCUGCCA